AUGCACAGAGAUCAUUCUGGACCAGAAGUCCAGCGAGUGGCAGUAUUGCCAGUUGUAGAUGGCCUUGUAACUGUCUUUGGUGACGUUGUUGACACUGUUUCUCAGAUGAAUAGCCAGUUGACGAAUAUACUCAAACCCGACCUGGAACCCAAGAGUCUGGUCGACUCCAAACAGCUCAACGGCAGAGUUCUUCUGGAAGUUGAUCAUCGGCAUCGUGUGGAUAUUAGUUUGUCUGCAUUUCUUGAUGAAACUGGAGUAACUGGUCUUAAGCACCAGCUCCAAAAUGGCCUUAGGAUACUCUCUGCUGGAGUUGUUGAGGAACGCAAACGCAGCGAUCUGGGUCUCAACGUCCUCUGCAGAGCUCCACACGUUCACCACGGCGUUCAUCAUCUCCUUUAA